GUUUUCCUCCUGUGAGUGAACACUGUCUCUCUGAGGAAACACCACCUUGUCACUCUCAUCAUUAUUUCUCCAUGUUUUCAGUCGAGGCUGAGCAAUGGAACCUGAAGCGGUCAAGACGAUAGAGCUGGCAGCGCUCGGUCGGCCCUUUGGCCUCGGGAUGCUGUACGACUGUUGCCAAGACUCCCUGAUCCCUGGCAUGACAUUGUGGGACCCUGAUGCCCUGGAGAAGGAUGCACGAGAAAGACCCCAACCCAACAGUGAAUUUGAGAUAGUCGCAUCUGAAUCGAUUGAGCAUAAAUCUUCAGCAUUAAAUGUUGACGCCUCCCUGAAGGCAAGUUUCUUGGCUGGACUGGUAGAGGUUGGGGGGUCUGCCAAAUACCUAAAUGACAGUAAGAUUUCCAAAAAUCAGGCCAGAGUGACACUCAAAUACAAAACUACAACCAAGUACCAGGAGCUGUCAAUGAAUCAUCUUGGAAGAGGCAAUGUGAAACAUCAAUACAUUUUUGACCAAGGAAUAGCAACACAUGUAGUCACAGGUAUCCUUUAUGGGGCACAAGCCUUCUUUGUAUUUGACCGUGAGGUGUCUGAAAAGGAGGAUCAUAAAGACAUUGAAGGCAACCUGAAGGUGAUGAUUCAGCAGAUUCCGGGCCUUGUACUACAAGGUCAACAUUCCCUGCAAAAGACAGAAACGGAUACUGUAAAUGUUCAAAAAUUUUCCUGUAAAUUCUAUGGGGACUUCAACGUUCAGAGGAAUCCUGUGUCCUUUCAGGAUGCAAUUGAAGUCUACCAAAGUCUUCCAAAAUUAUUGGGAGCAAAUGGAGAAAAUGCUGUGCCAGUGAAGGUCUGGCUGAUGCCCCUGAAAAGUUUAGACUCUGCUGCAGCUCAACUUGUCCGUCAGAUAAGUGUUAGAUUAGUGACGGCGGCACAGAGCGUCCUGGAGGAUUUCAAUGAGCUAGAAAUGAGGUGCAAUGAUGCAAUGAAACAAAGCACUAUCAAACAGUUCCCACAGAUUGGAAAAAAGCUAAAAACCUUUAAAGAAUUGCUCUCUGAGUACAAGCUGGAAAUCCAGACAACCCUGGCAAAGAAACUUCCAUCAAUCCGGGGAGGUGUGGAAAAAGAGUCUGUGCUUGCAGAGGUGUUCAAAAAGAGACAUUCUUCUCCAUUCAACAGCAAAAACCUGAGUGAGUGGAUGAGUUGUAAAGAGAGAGAAAUAAACAUCUUAAAAUCACUCACCAACAUGAUGAAAAACACUGAGAUUGUCACAUCUCGAUAUGCACUUGAUCAAGAAAUCCUCAGUGCUGAGCAUGCUGUGUGCUUUGCUUUCACCUCAGUGGAGGAUGAUGAACCAUACCUCUCAGAUUUAUCAGAGUACUUACAGGAAACACCAGAGAGUCCUCAAGAAAUCACAUAUCAGAUUCAUGAUAUAAAAAAGGAAAAUUGGUGUUUUUUGAAUGAAGUAUGGAAUGCAAUGAGGCAAAAAGCAAAGCUCUUCAAUGAGUUUGCACAGAUAAACAUGGACAAUAAUAUUAGGUUCCUUAUAGCAAGCGUAGCAAGUGAGAAAAAGAAAGGUGCGAGCAUCCACCUUUAUAAAGAAGGCUCUUUGGUUAGUGAGAACUUUGAACCUCCUUCAAAGCCUGAAAAACCAGCAGUAAGUGACACAACCCACAACAGUGUGACAGUGAAGAUUUCCCCACCAGGAUUCGGAACAGAAAACAUCACCCACUACUCUGUUGAGUACUGUGUCAGUGGAGAAGAUGACUGGCAGCAAAUGACAGUAUUGAAAGCUGGAGAAGUCACAGUGUCCAGUCUGACUCCUAACACAGAGUACUUGUUCAGAUGCAGAGCAGUGUGCUCAGUUGGAAAAGGGCCAGCGAGUGAUGUCAGUGGUCCCAUUACAACCUUACAACCCACUAGUCCUCCUGGGAAACUGCAAGCUGAACCAAAUUUAAAUGAGCUGUCAGUUAGCUGGGAGAAACCUGCUGAGAUUGGCAAAGGUGUCAACAUUUUGAGCUACAUUGUAGAGUAUGCAAAAACAGCUCCUGGGGUUAAACAUGAAGAACUUGAAUGGAACCAAAUGGUUUCACAAGUUGAAAAGGCCAUCAUAUCUGGGCUUAAGCCAGAGACAGAGUACGCUGUCAGGGUCAGAUGUGAUUGUGGUGUAGCUGGUAGAAGCAAGGAAAGCAACACAGUUAAUGUGUGGACAAAAAAACAAGUCCACCUCUCAGAAUUCCUCAAACAUAAAAGCAAACUCAUAAAUUCUGCAUCACCUUCAGUCUACAAGCUACCUCUGAAGAAAGAAGCUAUGGACAUAGAUGGAUGCAGGAGCUACAGUUUUGGCAAAGAAAGCUUGAGACGAAAUCGCACAAUAAUGGUUCUUGGAGCAACUGGAUCAGGAAAAUCAACUCUGAUCAAUGGAAUGAUCAAUUACAUUGUUGGUGUAAAGUGGAAUGACAAAUUCAGAUUCAAGUUAACUGAUGAGGAUGUGGCAGAAAACAUCCAGAUGCUGGUAACAUUCGCAGAUGGUCAGAGGCCACCGGUUCUUGAAGCAAUUAAUGUCUCUGGAGUCCCAUGGCCUAAAACAGAUGCAGGACUUCCUGUUCACUUCAAAUUCAACAAUUCAGCACUGUUUGCAGACAACACAUCCAUCAAUGACAAAUCAGGUAACGCAGAUUCAGAUGAAGACAUGGAUGAUGAUAACUUUGAUGAAAUGUUUUGGAACAUGGGUGCCAAAAGCAUGAAAAACUUUUUCACUGCUUUAGACCGAAUAACAACCAAAAGCUUGCAGAUGACCAAAGAGGUUCUUAAAGAGCGCAAGCAGCUUGAAACAGCCAUUGAAGAAUUGCAGCAGCCACUUAAAUGUGGAUUUGUUACACUCCAACAACUAAAGAUGAUUAAUCAGAAACAUGAAGAACAUAAAGAGAUGUCAGUGUGCUCCAUCGCUCGGCUCAAAGAGAUCGCCUUGAGGCCCAACCCACUGAGCACUCCAGAAUACAUCGACUUGCUCAUUGAGGGAGAAAAGUCAGAGGCCAAAGAGGGUUACCUGGCCCGAAUUCAGUCUCUGGAGCGUCUGCCUGCUCCUUCCUGGUUCACCUGCUCGGCUGAUGGCUUACCUGUUACCAGACCUGCUGCCCCGACGACCACCAACAUUGCCUGCUCUGAAACGGAAGCCUUCAGCUCCACCAGCCAGCCUUGCCUCAUCAGCCAGUCAGCCACACCACUUCGCCUGGGCCUGCCAUCCCUUCACCCUCCUGCACUGUCGAUAACAUAA